AUGCCGACACUCAAGAACCAGCUGUUACAAAUCGCCCUCAAGGCCGGCUAUUGUCAUAUCGUCGAUACCUCUCGAAUCUACGGCACGGACAUGGCUGCAGGAAGUGCCAUCAAGAAGUCUGGUAUACCACGAGGACUCCUCUUCAUCACUAUCAAGGGCGUCCUAAUGCUGAAGGGUAGUAACGGUAAGAUGCAAAGGGGAGCCGUUGAUUACGUCGAGACUUACAUGGAGAUGGAGAAAUUCUCGAACUUCAGCAAAGGAGAAAUUGAGCGCCUCCUCAGUGAGCCUCGUGUGGUACCUGCCGCCUACCAGAUCGAGCUUCAUCCGCGGCUGCAGCAACAGCCAUUCACUGAUUUCCCCAAGCAAAAGGGCAUCCACAUCACUCAGCGCGAAGGUUGCCUUGCCUGGAGCAUUGCCAAGGGUCAUUCUGUAAUCCCGAAAUCGAAGACUAAACACCACAUCAAGUUGAAUCUCGAGAGCGACUUCAAGCUUCCCCGGAAGGAUAUCAAAAAGCUUGACUCGAUCGAUAAGACAUUGCGGUCCAAUGACCCCAGCAAAAGCUUUCAAUGGGACCUCUACUCUGAUCUUGACAGGGAGAACUAA